UAAUUGGACUAAAUUGAUUUGACUCUCACCAAAUUUAACUUCUCUUAAAUAUAGGCUGGAGUGGAAGAACGCACACGCAAUACAGGCUACUCUUAUUAGAAGUUCGCGAGAUUGUACUCUCUUUUUCUCCUUUCCUAUUUCUCCUAGUUUUUAGAUUAAAUUUUAAAGAACUUUAAUUUGUUCAAAAUCAAGAAGUAGGUUGGGGAGUAGGGUGAUUCAGCUAAAUUAGUUAGGGUUUGGCGAAUGGCUUCUACUCCGAAUCCAGAAACUGAUGAAUCAGCUAAAUCUGCUUCCUCACCGCAGAAAAGCGUAUAUAAAGAUCCGGAUGAUGGGCGCCAGCGUUUCUUACUGGAAUUGGAAUUUGUUCAAUGCCUUGCUAACCCAACUUACAUUCACUAUUUAGCUCAGAAUCGAUAUUUUGAAGAUGAAGCUUUUAUUGGGUACUUAAAAUACCUACAAUACUGGCAACGGCCCGAGUACAUAAAGUUUAUAAUGUAUCCGCACUGCCUAUUCUUUCUCGAGCUUCUCCAAAAUCCAACAUUUCGUAAUGCAAUGGCGCAUCCUGCCAACAAGGAAGUGGCACAUAGGCAGCAAUUUUAUUUUUGGAAGAACUAUAGAAACAACCGGUUGAAGCAUAUUUUGCCGCGGCCGCUUCCUGAGCCUGCAACUGCACCAGCUACUUCUGCUCCGCUAAGUGUAGCCCCUCCAGCUGCUCCACCACCUGCUCCUUCACCUGUUUCGGCUGCAGCUCCCUCUCCGAUGCAGUAUGCCAUUCCUCCUGGAUCUGGUCUUGCUAAAACGGACCCAAGGAGUGCUGCUGUUGAUCGAAGAAAGAGAAAGAAAGACGGGUGAUUUUCUUUUAUUCGUGACACAGGCAUCCAAUCAAUUUAAUUCAUGGAUUAAGAAAGAUCUUGUCUGAUGAAGAGGAUGAUGGCUUUUCUGUAACAUGUGCAAAUUAACCAAGUAGAAAAGUAGUUCAUAAGGCUACUAAAGAAACAAGAUAAAAUAAAAUUACAUCAAGCACUACACUUCCCAAAAAAUCAGUUUGUACUUUUACAUUACUGCCAAUAGCAAUAUACUGUUGGAUUUCUCUUGUUUUUUUUAAAGAUAAUUAUUGGAUUUCUCUUGUUUUCUAUCUCAAUCUUGAAGUACUUUUCAAUUGUAUGAAUGAAAUAAAUUGUUUUUCGCUUUGGUGUUUUUUUAGUAUUACAGAAAGUUUGAUCACAAGAAAGCUUAAGUAAUAUUUGGCUCUAAAAAAAUUAAUAAAAGUACAUACACAAUACUGGUAAAUUAUGAAUUAAAACGAGUUUAAAAAGGAGUUAGAUAAAAUAUUUAUUGGAGACAAGGCUUGUUUUAUUAGUAAAAAGGAAAAAAACGGACUAUUUGUAUAAGUUACCUUACUCUCAAGGAGUACUGCAGACAUGGUAGUGUAUUGGAAGUCCAAGAAAAUUAGAGAGCAUCUAGAGAAAAACAAGAGAUAGAGAGACCAUUGGGGUUGGUAAAUACCUUUGGGUCCAACAGCUUUUACAUGUCAAACAAGACUCAACUAAUACUAUAGUUCUCAACAGUUUAGUGAAGAUGAACUCUUGCAUGUGUCUUUGCAAACGUCGUGAACUUUGUCAAACAUUUGAAAGUCCUCAAACUUGGUUAUAUUUGUGAAAGAGUGUGGGACAAAUAAUGGAAUAAAUUGAAAUGUCAUUGUUUCCUCAAUUCCUGUUAAAAGCAGCCUCUCAUUCCCGCUUUUCCAGAUUACAUGUCCUAAUUUGACCUGCCAUGGAUACUAUUUAAAGUUUACUACAACAACAACAAACCCAGUGUAAUUCCACAAGUGGGGUUUGGAGAGGGUAAUGUGUAUGCAGAUUUGAAUAGGUCCAAAUAGAUUUGAAAUUUACUAUUUUCUUAAAAUAGGUCCAAAAAUGUUGCAGAAGUUUGAAUUGUUGUUUGGAUGUGUUGAUGAUAUUGAUUGGUUUGGUAUCAUGACAUUGAAGAAGUAUGGAAAAGUUUGGUAUCAGAGGAAAAGUUUAUCAUGUUUAAAAGUGGACAUAUUAUUCAGAAGUCCAUGAAGAAAGUAGCACAGUUAAUUUGGGAGGACCCGUGUAUUAACCUGGCGAAACUCCCAAUUGUAGAACUGUUAAUACUUUAUCUAGUCAAAAUCAAGCAUGCAUAAUGUGCAAGCUUAAAUCAUCUUGCAUUCGCUAUGCACAUGCAGUGCAGCUCUUGUAUCCCACUACUGGUGUCUGAACUAUAAUUUGAAGAGAAAAAAUCAAUUCUUUUCUUUUUAUCUCCUUUUUUUAUCUCCUUCUUGGAGUACCUUGUAAGUUUUUCACAUAAUGUCUCAUACUUUAGACAUUUUUAUAACUCUACUUUUAGAUAUUUGGAUUAUUUUUAGCCGAAUCCACGCACCCAUAUCCGUACCUGGAUUCAUACCCCCGAAUCUUAAAAUUUAGAUCAUGAAGGAUCCGACCUCUAGAUCCGUACCCGCAUCGGACACCCGCCCCAAAUCUGAAUUGGUAUAACCUAGAUCUGUCGACCUGAAAUUAAGUGCAGCGCAGAAAGUAUUUUCUAGGUGUAUUGGGAUAACCUUGGUCACUUGAUCUGUGAUCCACAAUUCUUUAUCGACUGCUGUGGCACUUCCACAAGCAGAAUCUUGUCCAAGUAUUUCCACGUUAUCACUUUUCUCUUUUACCUUUUUGGUCAAGUGAAGUACUUCCUUUUCAUAUUUAUGGAUUUCAGUUAGAAACUAUGUAUGUCGUGUUUCCCUUCUCUCGACAGGAAAUACUCUUUCCUGUAAAUUUAACACAUAGCUCUCCAAUCUAAAAUCAAGUGUUCUGGUUCUUUGUUGCUCUUUCUGCUUAUACUUGAUUCUGGUCGUACAAAUAGACCUAUUUGAACAGUUGCAACAAUUCAUCAAACUUAAUGACUGCUUAGGCGAAAAAAAUGGGCGUACUCCAUUUGAGCACAAGAUGUGUUACUUGUAUUAUUUGGAUUUACAUGAAUUCAUUAAUCUUAAGAAAAGCUCGACUUUGGAUCUGCUUUAUUCCUUUCUCCCUCAGCUUGCCCCUCCCCCUCUUUCUCUCAUUUCUGAUUCCCACUUCUUUAUUUAUUUAUUUUCUUUUGGGGUGUGUGUGUGUGGGGGGGGGGGUAUCUAGCUUUCAGUAUAGUAUUAUGUCGAUGUUUCAGUUUCUGUUAAAUAUUCCCAUCUGAGUGCAUUGAUUCCUGAACU